UCCUCGCACAACCCUGUGAAGGGGCAGGCGUCUCCCCACAUCACAUGGCAGCUGGAGGCACCAUGGGUUGGGGAGCAGGACCUGGUCCAGGGGCUGCAACUGGCGCUCCUCACACCUCUGGGGCGCCAGGGUUGGGUUGCAACCCUUGACCUAUGGCCUCUCUAUCCAGAGGAGAGCAGAGAUGCCUCUGGCCACUGCUCAGCCCCACUCGAGAACACAGGCCGCCCCUCCUGGCAGCAAGAGCGUUCCAGAAGGCUCUACCACCCCGUGAACUUUCAAGAGGGCCAAGAAGCCCAGGACACCCGCUUCCCCUUGCGCUCUGAGAUAGCUGCUGUGCUGAGCCCCAGAACCCAACACCCCCUGGGGACGGCAACCUGAGAGCCCAGCAGGUCACAAGGCGCUGCCGUGAGGGGCACAGGAUGGCCCGGCCCCUCCCGCUGACCCCUCUGCCUGUGCCCAGACCCCCACCUGCCUGGCUGGGAUCCCAGCAUGUCUCGGGGCCCUGGCAUGACCCCAACACUGUGACGCCUGUCACCAUUCCCACUUUACGGCAGGACCCAGCACCAGGCGGCGUCUACGUCUGCUCUGGCCCAAGCAGCACCCCCAAUCCGUGCGUGCACCCCACGAAUUGACUCCCUAUCCACCCAGGACCAGGAUGGAGGAGGACUUCUCCUCCCAGAUGAAGAAGAUGGCCUUGGCCAUGGGCACGUCCCUAUCAGACAAGGACAUUGAGCUGCUGCCCACGGACAUGAGACACCACGGGUCCUUCAACUACCUCAAGUUCUUCGAGCACAUGCGCAAGCUCCACGCCUCGGGCCAGCUGGACGACGCCAUCCACAGGGCCUUCCAGUCCCUGGACAAGGACAAGAGCGGCUUCAUUGAGUGGAACGAGAUCAAGUACAUCCUGUCCAUCAUCCCCAGCAGCGGGCCCACCGCCCCGCUGACAGACGAGGAGGCCGAGGCCAUGAUCCAGGCGGCAGACACAGACGGGGACGGGAGGAUCGACUACGAAGGUGGGGGCAGCACAGCCGGGGCACCCUCAGGACCCUCCUUCCCCUGCUAGGCCGCCACCCUUGCCCAUGGCCCCGCCCCGAGGGCACUGGCACACAACUCACAGAUGAGGAAACCCAGGCUCAGGGGUCUGGGCCAGGAGUCUAGGUGCUCUUCCCUGGGCCAAGGGUCCCACUGCAGAGAGGUGGCCAGGAGGGCUUUGGGAAGGCCAACUGUGGCAGAGCCAGCGGGUAUGGGGUCUCAGAGCUCGGGAUGCCAUCUUGUGGGGGACCCACGGUCUUUGAGGCUCUCCAUGGCUGCCCUGAGGUCUGGGCCAUCUCACCC